UCCCUUUGACUUGUUGGCAUCAAUUUUACUCCUCUCAAUAUGCCCGACUACACGCGAAAGCACAAGGUCACCGUGGUCGGCUCCGGUAAUUGGGGCUCCACCAUCUCCAAGAUCAUUGCAGAGAAUACGAGGGAACAUUCCGACCUCUUCGAGCCAGAGGUACGCAUGUGGGUGUUCGAAGAGGAAAUCGAGGUCCCCGAGUCGUCCAAACACCACAGCAAGCUGGGCGGCCAGAAGCGCAAAUUAACCGAGGUCAUCAACGAGGUUCACGAGAACGUCAGGUACCUGCCCGAUAUUGCCCUCCCCGACAAUGUCGUGGCCGACCCAGACCUGCAAUCGGCCGUCAAGGACGCCACCUUGCUCGUCUUCAACCUCCCCCAUCAAUUCAUUGGCAAGACCCUCGAUGGUAUCGUGGGCCACCAUCUCCCCUAUGCUCGGGGCAUCUCCUGCAUCAAGGGCGUCGAUGUGUCGGACGGAACCGUGACCUUGCACUCCGAACUCAUCAUGGAGCGACUGGGUAUCUACUGCGGUGCCUUGUCGGGCGCCAACAUCGCCCCGGAGGUGGCCGCGGAGAAAUUCUGCGAGACCACCAUUGGCUACGAUACUCCUCCGAUGGACCUGAAGCAGCGGAAUGGUUCGCCCAAGGACAAUUUGAUCAAGGUGGAUGAACAGCGACAGCACAAGACCAAACCCACACAUGUCAAGCUGGAGCCGGUCCCGCAAGACCUACCCCAUGUCGAUGCCGAGCUAUUCGAAAGUCUGUUCGCCCGCCCGUACUUCCAUGUUCGCCAUGUUCGCGACGUUGCCGGGGUUGCCUUGGGUGGUGCGUUGAAGAACAUCGUGGCGUUGGCGUCGGGAUUCGUCGCAGGCAAGGGCUGGGGCGAGAACGCCAAGGCAGCAAUCAUGCGCGUUGGCAUUUUGGAGAUGGUCAACUUCGGUCGGACAUGGUUUCCAAAGUCCGUGGAUGAGCGGACUUUUACGGAAGAGAGCGCUGGUCUGGCGGAUGUGAUCUCCUCGUGUAGUGGCGGGCGGAACUUCCGGUCGGCCUGCCAUGCGGUGGAACAAGGGGUCAGCGUCAAUGAAAUUGAAGAAAAGGAGCUCAACGGACAGAAAUUACAAGGAACGUCCACAGCAUAUGCGGUCUAUGACUUUCUAGCGAAGCAUGACCAGCUGAAGCAGUUUCCAUUGUUCGUUGCGGUUCAUGAUAUUCUCGAAGGAAAGGCCACUCCCAAUGACCUCCCGGCCCUGCUCGAUGGGAAGAAGAAGACUUGAGGGGGAUGAUAGUUAGUAUGGUGAUGCUGUGCAGAUUAGCAGCGUAUCUAAUGAGACACGAUCGUACCUAAUUUGCUGCCAAGGUCCCUACCUACCUGCCUUGCAUCCCCAAG